AUGGCUAGUACAGAACCACCUGUCACAAAGGCAGCAGAAAAAGCCCCCAAAACCUGUUCAACCACACAUCUCGGUGCCUUGCCUUGCCUUGCCUCCCCUUCCCUCCCCUACGCAAUCCCCCCCCUCUCUCUCUGUUUCCCCAGGAACAACCCCCAUUCGUGCCACCGCCCCUCUUCCCCUGCCCCAUGCGUCCUCUCCAUCAUCAACAUCAUCAUCAUCAUCAUCAACAUCAUCAUCGUCAUCAUCAUCAUCGUCAUCUUCAUCUCCUCCCCCAACAGCAUCAUGCCCCCCUCUCCUCACCAUCUAGACAACAAACCCGCCAAGAAUGCUCAAACCCCAUCACCGUGCGAACUCCCUCCCCCCCUUUUUUGA